AUGGAGCCCAGCCGACAAGCUGCCGUUGAGGGCCCUCCUCGAGUGAGUGCUGGAGAUCUGGACCAUGCAGAUGUCGCGCGGUCUGAGUCUUCUAAACAGAGUCCGGUUUAUGACACUGGUCUAUCGCAAGAGGCCCCCAGCGGAGGCGAUUCGAGUAGCGAUGAGUCAGACAUGAUGAAGAGGACUCGACAAUGGAGUAAAACGGCAUGGCGUUGGUUGAGACUGCAUAAGCUCGAUUUCCUCAGUGGCCUCACAGUAGCAUUAGCACAGGUACCGGAAGCUGUGGCGUUCUCAUUCGUGGCUAAUGUGGACCCAGUCGUAGGGCUACAGGCAGCCUGGAUGAUGGGAGUUAUCACCUCCCUCGCUGGUGGUCGGCCGGGUCAGAUCUCGGGGGCUACUGGUUCAACUGCAGUAGUAAUGCCACCUAUUGUGGCUAAAGCUGUGUACUGGCCAGGUAUAGGAUACCUAUUUUACACUGUCAUGCUGGCUGGCAUUAUCCAAAUUGUAUUUGGAGUGUUUAGAGCUGGCAAGCUUCUACGAAUGAUAUCAGCACCGGUGAUGAUUGGCUUCGUGGAUGGUUUGGCAAUUGUCAUCUUCCUGGCGCAGUUAGAGGCAUUCAAGUGGACACAGGGGAAUGCGGUCGGCCCUCCAGUUGAUGGGGAACCCUGGUUGCCUUGGGACGACAUCCUUAAAAUGCUCCUUCUUAUAGCGAUCACUAUGACGGUUACUUUCGUAUUGCCCAAGCUCACACGAUUUCCGAGUGCUCUCACUGGUGGAGAAAUUAUUGUUGGUUUCUGUUGGUCUAUGAACUUGAUGAUAGCGAACAUAUAUUCCUACUCCAACGACGCUGCUCUAGGUAUUGCUCUGCCGAGUUUUGAUGGGGAACUGCUGUCGUUCAUCAUUCCUCAUGCCGUAGUUAUCGCUCUCAUAGGACUGAUAGAGUCGCUUCUGACGCUAAACUUGAUCGAUGAGAUUACUCAUACGAGAGGCAACCCCAAUAGGGAGUGUUGGGGUCAGGGCCUAGCACAGCUCAUCACUGGCAUGUUUGGGGGCAUGGGGGGAUGUGCUAUGAUUGGGCAGUCCAUGAUCAAUAUCAAGUCUGGCGGCACUUCUCGCCUCUCUGGCUUCGUCGCGGGUAUAUUCACACUCUUUAUACUCCUGUUCGUGUACCAUGCCAUAAAUAUAAUCCCCAUCGCGGCUCUGGUCGGCGUGAUGUUUUGUGUGGUCAUCCACACCUUCGAAUGGUCGACCUUUGGUAUGCUUGCAGCGGCUCUUAUGACCAAACAGAUGCGAUCGAAUAAACUGGUCCAGCGGUAUAUUCUGAGGGGAUCUCGGAAGCUCCCACGUGGUGAUGUACUGAUAAUAGUAGUGGUGACGGUGGUGACACUCCUCACUGACCUGGCCAUUGCUGUGGGGGUCGGCGUGUGUCUGCAAGCGCUGAUAUUCUCGUGGCAGAGUCAUAAGAGCUUGAGCGUGGUCGAGCGACCAGAUAUGAGCGGCGACGAUCUCAAGGUCUACGAUUUGCAUGGCCCUCUGUGUUUCGCCUCCGCUUCGGACUUCCUGGAGGCAUUCGAUGUAGCAAACGAUCCCAACACGGUUGAGCUGCAUUGCCAGAACGCUGACAUUCAUGGGUACAGCGCGAUGGAGGCUAUCAAUACGCUGGCCGAACGGUACAGUCACGCCGGCAAACGUAUUAUUGUGAAGUCGGUGAAGAAGACGGACCAUGCAGUGCUCGCUAAGGCUGAGGACCUCAUACAUGAGAUGGUUGUCAUUGAUAAAUACUACGAACCUAUAACGUACCAUAAACGCAUGUUAUCGGUGGAACGCUGGGGGGAGGAGAUAGCAUUUGGGGGUAUUAGUCAUCAUUCCCCGACACGGAGGAGAAGAGGCUCGAGGCACAAUGUGGCCGAGGAACGGUUGGAGGGUGGGGAGGGAUGCCAGCAUGGUAUGGAGCUGGAUGAAUUCUCUCAUGAGGGCCUUCAUCAUAGGAAGGGGUCAGCAUUUUCGGGGGUCGGCGACAACACUACGACACUACAUUAAAUGCUGCAUAAUAUCACUCAACGGUUUCUGUUCUAUAAUGAGUAUCAUUGGGGAAAUGAUGCUUAUUGGUGUUACUAUCAUCAUCAUCGAUCUCCCCGGUGGAGGGCAGUAGUCGUUGGAGGAAGUACUAUUGAAACUAUACGUUGUUCUAUCUCCCUGCUAGUACUAUAAGUUUGAUAUUAGCUG